UUUGUUCUACUCUGGACAGCUGUAGGAGAAAAUGGCAGCACUCAUGCUAGGACAGCAGGUCCGCCAGUUCAGCACGUCUGUGAUCAGACCUGCAGCAAAACUGGUUAAGCCUCCCAUCCAGGUGUAUGGAGUAGAGGGCCGUUAUGCCACUGCUCUCUUCUCAGCUGCCAGUAAGCAGAACAAACUGGACCAAGUGGAGCAGGAGCUGGGAAAAGUGUCUACCAUAAUUAAGGACCCCAAGAUUUCCAGUGUUGUAAUGAAUCCUCACGUGAAGCGCAGCAUCAAGCAGAAGACUUUCAGUGAUGCUCUUACAAAGGCUAAGGUUUCACCCAUCACUGUCAACCUCAUCAAUGUUUUGGCUGACAAUGGUCGUCUCACUCUAACUGGUGACGUUAUCUCUGCUUUUGGCAAGAUGAUGAGUGCUCACCGUGGAGAGGUCAUCUGCUCAGUCACUACUGCUCAGCCAUUGGAUGAAGCUAAUCUUGCUGACCUGAAAGUAGCUCUCAAGGGCUUUCUCCAGAAGGGUGAAACUAUCAAGCUGGAAACAAAGUCGGAUCCUUCCAUCCUGGGUGGCAUGAUUGUCAGUAUCGGAGACAAGUAUGUUGACAUGUCCACCAAAACAAAGAUUCAGAAGCUGACCAAGCUCAUCAAGGAAGUUUAAGUCCUGUGGACUUAAUUUUUGCAAAAGAGCGGAGACUACCAUCAGGGGACACGCCGAUAAAUGUAUAUUGCUACCUGUUCUAGCACUGCAGUUGCUCCAUAAAUCCAGUGUCUGUGCUUAAGUUCAUAUGGAUGUUAAUAAAAACUACAAAAAAUGGA